GUGGUGAUGGUGGGCCGGGUCAACUCCAAUGGGCCCAACCCGAAACAACUUGGUCCUUGGCCGCCUCCAUAUAUAUAACAGCUCAAGCUCUCUCCGUGUUCACAAUCCAGAGCUCUCAGCUUUCUCUAGAGGGAGAGAGAGAGAGAGAGAGAUUGAUGAAAUGGGGUUUGGUCGAGAAGUCCCAAUCUCAUUGGACGGAGUGAGAGACAAGAACUUGAUGCAGCUAAAGAAGCUCAACACUGCCCUCUUCCCUGUUCGCUACAACGAUAAAUACUACGCUGAUGCUCUCGCCUCCGGCGAAUUCACAAAGCUAGGGACAACUUUGAUUGAGGGGUUGGUUGAGGUGAUACAGGUCUGUCCGCAAGACCACCUCUGUUAUGGCCUUGGUGUCUAAUUCUGAGAACAAGGUACAUACUGCAUUUGUUGGCCUUGCAUAGGGGGCAGUUUCCUGUCUCCAGGGUGUGAAUGGCAAUUUUAUAAAAAUCAGUUGAUACUCAGUUAUGUGGCAGCAUAAUGGUAUCAUAGAGACCCUGUUUCUCUGUCUGAGGUAGAGUGGCUGCUAUGGUCUUGUAUUUUCUGUACGGUUCAUUCCAGUACGUCAGUCACCUCAAAGGUACUUUUAGACCAAGUUUUCCUUAUCUUUUAACAUUCACAAAUUUUGUAAUUGAUCAUUACUCAUUGACAGAUACUCCUUAUAAUCUCAUACAGUGAUCUUGACCACUCAUUGCACUUUCAUGGUUUAUUGGGCAGAAAAAUGUGUUAGGAGUUUUCUAAACCACUUGCUUAAUGGAGAUAAUGCCAUGUAGUGUUUUCUAGAAGAAUCUUAUGUAGACCUCUUAUUAGAGACAAGUGAUUAAUUUUUCAGAUUUUCUGAAAUGAAUACCCUGAUAUUAAUGGAUCAAGAAUCUCAUAUUAUUAUUUAGUGACUUUGAUUAUUGCCACUAUUCUCGUGAAGAAUAUCUGAAUCUGAGCAAAAUCUGUUCCAAAACCAUAAUUUUCUUCGUGAUUCAUGAUACAUUCUACAGUCCAAGUGUUCUCUUUGAUUAGAAUAAAACACUUUGAGACCUGGUACUUGCUAUAUAUAGGGUGUAGUAUUAUGUUGUCUUUUUCAUAGUAAUGUGGUAAUAUCUGUUUACAAUGACAAACUUGUAAUGCUUGUUUACAUCUUGGAGUGGGGAUUUUCCAUGUCCAAUGCCCAGGAUGUGUUGGAGUUUCAUAGCCCUGAACAUUCAGAUAUCUCUUCUCAAGUUUUAAUUCUUUUCCUCCCUAU